AUGACAAAUUCAUCUGGGGUGACAUCAAUUCUUCUGUCUGCAUUUCAUGGACUGGAAGACCUGAAGCCCAUGUACUUCUGCAUAUUCCUCCUUUUGUACAUCACUAUUGUUGUUGAAAGCAUGGUGCUAAUUGGAGUGAUCUGCACUGAGAAAACACUGCAUGAGCCAAUGUAUUUCUUGGUGUGUAACUUGGCUGCAAACGGCCUCUAUGGGAGCACCGCCCUGCUGCCUGCGCUGCUGAGCCAUAUGUUCUCACAUUCAUAUGAAGUGUCUUUGCCAUGCUGUCAAACACAGAUCUAUGCCAUACAUACAUAUGCCAUUGCAGAAUUUACAAUGCUGGCAGCAAUGAGUUACGAUCGGUUUGUGGCUAUAUGUUAUCCUCUGCAGUACCAUACAAUCAUGUCACUGACCAAAGUGUAUAAACUCAUCACUUUUACCUGGCUUUACCCCAUGGUUAUAUUUUUCAUUACUUUCAUUGAAACUGUAAAGCUGCGGUUUUGUGGGAAAACUAUAAACAAGCUGUACUGUGUUAAUUACUCAUUGAUAAAACUCUCCUGCAGCGAUAUAUCUGCUUUCAACAUCGCAGGCCUGGUCACUGUAGUCUUAUUUGCAGCACCACAACUAAUCAUGAUGGUUUACUCAUAUGCACACAUCCUGAGGAUAUGCUCAUCCUCAUCUAGAGAAUCUAAGCGCAAAGCCCUCACCACAUGCAUGCCACAUCUGCUGGCAGUCAUCAACUACUCUAUUGGCUGCUUUUUUGAAAUACUGCAAAGCCGAUUGAAAAUAGCUCACCUUCCUUUUAAAGCGCAGAUGUUUUUGUCUUUGUACUUUUUGAUAUUUCCCCCUAUCCUCAAUCCGGUCAUCUAUGGUAUGAGUAUUCAAGCCAUAAGAGCACCAUUAUUUAAGAUGUUCAGAGGCAAGAGGAGACAAGUAACAUCAAAAUAG